AUAAGGGAAGAAAUACGAAGGAAAGACAACGGAAAAAAAAUAUAAGAAAGAAAAACAGAAGAAAGAGAACGGAAAGCGGAGGACGUGCCCUUCUCUCUCAACCGCUGCCGGCGGGGGGCACCCUUAUCACGCACACGGACACGCACACAAAGGGGUGAACGGCCCAAACACCGAGGGAGAGAACAGCGCGAACGCCGAGGAGACGUUCUCUCUAUUCGCCAUGGCCGUUGAUGAUCUGGAAAUCCUUCUCUCCAGGUACCCGCUGCCUCCUCCUCUCUCUCUCGCUAUAGGGAAUUUUGAAUGGUAAGUUGGCUAUGAUGUCGGUUAUUCCUAUCGAAUCCGGGGUUUGCGUGAGGCCGGCGGACCCUUACGGCUGCGGAGGUUCGAGUGUUGGGAUGAAUGGGGCUGGAGAUUCUGAUUAUUUCGACGACGCGGGGGAUUCUUUUGCCGGAAUUUCUGGCGGUGGCGAGGAAAGACCGGCCAUUGAAGGGAUUGGGCCACGGAUGGGGGCCGGCGCGUCUGGGAUUGGGUCAUUCCCCGAGGAUGAUGCGGACGUUGCGAAAGGUUCUGAUUAUAAUAGGGUUUUCUCCGGAGAGCCCAAUGUGGGAAUUGGACAAGAUCGUUAUGUGGAGAAAGACAAAGAGAUGCCAAUCGCUAGGUCUUCUGGGGAGGCCAACGUGACGGCAAAUAAUGAGGGUUCAGGAGAUUGCGGUGGACUGUUGGUGAUGAGGAACGAAUAUGGGGUUCCUUUGAUUUCGCCUGAGGAGAGCAAUGUGGAUGAAGCAUGCUGUAGUUUGGGGACUACAUCCAGGCCUUGUGAAGAAAUAAAUGGCGAGUUGCAUGAAAAUGUCGUCUAUCGUGGUAAUCAGUUUGGCAACGACUGCCCCUCUGCCCAUUGUGAUGUGCUCAAGGAUCAGUCCACUUCAGACUGUCAGAUUUCUAUUGUUCAAAGGCAUGCCGAGAACCAGUCACAUUGUUCCUGGACAAUGGAGGGGACUUGUCAAGAGAAAACCGAGCCAGUUCAGGCGAAUGGUGCUUCUAAACCUAGUCCUUACAACGAAAGUAUGAUUACUGUUGAAGGGUCAAAUGAGUUUAGUAAGCUAACGCUAAUGGAGAGAGAAUGUGGUGGUUCGACUCUUUCUUCUAAGCAUAACCUGUUGGGGUCCCAAAUUUGCACCUCGGAAAUCACAGAGGAGUUCAGUGUGGAUGAAGCUGAAAUAUCACAGGCAAAUGCUUAUAGCCUUGUUGGUUGUCCCCAAGAACAUAGUUAUACUAUUGAUGAUGAGGGUGUCAACAAUAGUGGUCACACAUUGGCAGAGCAGAAAACAUGUGGCGAGUCUUUAGAUGUUUCUGCAGAUAGCCAUAUGGGGCAACAGUUAGGUACUUCAGAGAUGACAAAGGAUCCUUGUGAAGAGGAAGAAUACAUAAGUAUGGAAUUCUUUCGUGACCCUGCUCACUGUCAAGAACAUAAUGUUGUUCUUGAAACAGGAUCUGCAGAAAGCAGCAAAAAGAUGGCAUUAGAAAAAGAAUGUGGGGCUUCUGCUCCUGUUUGUGAUAAAAUUGUCACGGUGGAAUCAUUAUGUAGUCUGGCAUUCAUUAAAGAACAGGUGAAGUCUGCUGUUGUUAAUACUUGUCGCUGUGGAGGAGGCAGCAUCGUUGCUGGCAUUGAUGCCGUGGAUGGUUUACCAAGAGAAACUAAAAUCGGUCUUGAAGAACGUGCACCAACUGAGAGUGACAGUGAGAAAACAUUAUGUAGUUCGGGAAUCACUCAAGAAACUUAUCAAGGUAGGACAAUGUUACACCAAGAUAUCAGUUCAUAUGACGCCGAUUACUGCAGAGAAAGUGUGGGUCAAAUUGAAGAGGCAGUGGAUAGCAAUAAAUUACCAUAUGAAGAGAAGAAAAUUUCUACACUAUCAGUGGGCUAUUCCCCCGAGACAGCUUCUUAUGAUCCUGCGGAGGGAUCUGGGUCACCGCCAUCAAGGUUAUCCAUGUCACAUCAGACUGAUACAGAUGGUAUAAUCACAUCAACUUGUGGUAGCAGUAUUCUACCUUCUAUACUGCCUUUGAGUUGUGAUAAUAGUAGCUGUGUGCAAGAUAAAAAGUCCUUGAAAUCAAAAAGAGUGGAAAGAGCAUACUCUUCAAAGGCUGUUCCAAGUAGGAAAUCCACUAGAUUAACUAAAACAAGAAAUGUUUCAGAAAAUGGUAGGCAGGCAUGUAGUUCCAAGAUGGUCCCUGAUAUCAUACAUGUAUUGUUCUCAAAAAUGGCUAGGGGUAAAAGAAGUGGGCUUCGUAAACCAAUAAGUGUGUCUUGUUGGGGAGCAUUGGAAAAUUUGCAGUUAUUCAAACAAAAUGGAAUACCUCUGGAUUCUGAUCCUUGCUUGGCUAUUGAAAAAGGGGCAGACAGUGAAGUGCUUAAAAUAUCUAAACGUUCUACUUCAAAUGGUCGCCGACGCACAAAAGGUCGACCGAAUGCCAACAGGCAGGUAAAAAGAAAAGGCUCACUACCCGUGGUUAUUGAGAAACUCUCUGCAACUGGAAAGAACACUUGUAAGGGUGAAUCUCUGCCAAAUGAGGAAUGUUCUAAUUCUUUGAAUGAGUUUGGAGGUUCUGGGAUUACUGAUCUUGAACCAGAGCCAGCUGAACAUGUUCUUUCUUGUAAAGCUGCUGAAGAAAAAUUGGGAUCAGCUGACACUUUUGCGUGUCUUUCUGUUCAUCACGCUCAGUGUGGAGGUGAAGAUAAUGAGAGUGCUGUUGCUCAAAUAACAUCUUCUGAGAAGUCUUCCCAGGUUUGUCAAGGAUAUUCGUCUGAAGCUUGUGUGGAUGAAGUUCAAACUAAGCAUUCUGAGACUUCGCUUUGUACUAGUCAAACUGAUCCUCCUUGCAAUGGUGGAAUGCCUGUUCCUGUAUCUUUCAGUGUGGCAACAGGUAAAAAUUCUGAGGUUCAAUUGGUGCCUUCUCACAUAAGAACUGCUUCCACACUUUGUGAAGGGGCUUGCUCAGUAGAUCUAGAGAAAGCCAGCUUAUCUACCAAAGAGCCCGCUGUUCAUGGAGACCCACCUGAUGUAGUCUCAACUUCCUCCAAAGUUGGUGUUCUUGAAGGCAUCCCUCUACCAUUGCACACCUAUUCCAAGAAAAGGAAAAGAGAACCUAAAGCUAGAGGAAGACUUAACAAUUCAGGAGAAGCCACAGAAGCGGAAAGAAUCUUGGAUGAACAAUUGAAGCAAAAGGCAUCUAAGAAACAAUCAAAGCAGAAAUCUAAGAAGGCAGAUAGCCUUAAGAAACAAUCAAAGCAGAAAUCUAAGAAGGGAGAUAACCAGGAGUGCUUAAAAAACAUUCCUGUGGUCAGAAAAAGAAGAGCAAGAAAAAAGAAUCAAGCUGAGGCUUCAACCGAUGAUAGACUCGCUGACAAGGCUUUGAUUUCAUGUCACAUUGAUGAGAAGGGUGUCAAUGACAGUCUACAUGAAGGUAUGAAAAAGGAUUCACCUACAUCUUGUGGAGUUCCUAGCAAAGGUGAUCUUUCUGAAGAAUGUGCUGCAGAGGCAUUUCAGACACUAGAGAAGCACAACCCAAAGAGGCUUUUGAAGAAAAAAAAGGAUGGAUCAAAAAAAUGCAGACCUAAUUCCUCUGCCCCAGCAAGGCAUAGAAAAAUGGAAAAUCAUGAGAAGGGGAAGGUGAGAACAAAAAAAGCAAGCAAAUCUGAUGGUGUGGUAAGGGCACGCCUUGUGAAAACAUUUGACAAGGGGAAGGCAAAAAAUGCUGUCAUCACGGAAACUGGAAGCAAGACAUCUUCAUCAGAAGCGGCGACAGAAUGUGAUGAUAGGUUUCAUGGUAAAGCAUCCUCGUGUGGACUACAUCCCUGUGUUGGUGAUGCUGUUUCUGUUGAUAAUAAGAUAAGUUUUGUUACGAUAAACCAUGAGUCUGGAGGGUCUUCAGCACCACCUCGUCAAGCAUGGGUGUUGUGUGAUGAUUGUCACAAAUGGCGUAGCAUUCCAGCAGAGCUUGCUGAUAGCAUAGGAGACACGGACUGUAGCUGGACUUGCAAGGAUAAUGCGGACAAGAGAUUUGCCGACUGUUCAAUUCCACAAGAGAAAUCUAAUGCAGAAAUUAAUGCUGAGUUGAAUAUAUCAGAAGCUUCAUGCGAUGAAGAUUUUCCCAGUACACAACCACAUGCUAGCAGCUAUGAAAGCCCACAAUUGCAAGUUCCCCAGCAGGAUACUUGGACACUUAUUAAACAUAAUAUCUUUCUUCAUCGGAACCACAAACAUCAAAACAUUGAUGAGAUUAUGGUGUGCCAGUGCAAGCCUCCACAAAGUGGGGGCCAAGGCUGUGGGGAUGGAUGCCUAAAUCGAUUGCUUAAUAUAGAAUGUGAACACGGAACAUGCCCUUGUGGUGAACUGUGUUCAAACCAGCAGUUUCAGAACCACAAAUAUGCUACAUUUGAGUGGGUCCGCUGUGGAAAGAAGGGAUAUGGACUGCAAUUGCGGGAAGAUGUCUCAAAGGGGCAGUUUCUUAUUGAAUAUGUUGGAGAGGUACUUGACACACAAACAUAUGCUGCUCGGCAGAGAGAAUAUGCAGCCAGAGGUCAAAGACAUUUUUACUUCAUGACUUUGAAUGGCAACGAGGUAAUUGAUGCCUGUGCAAAAGGCAAUCUUGGGCGGUUUAUAAAUCAUAGUUGUGAUCCUAACUGCCGUACAGAAAAGUGGAUCGUGAAUGGCGAAGUCUGCAUUGGCUUGUUUGCAUUGCGUGAUAUUAAGAAGGGUGAAGAAGUAACGUUUGAUUAUAACUAUGUACGAGUGUUUGGAGCUGCUGCAAAAAAAUGUUUCUGUGGAUCUCCUGGAUGCAGGGGAUAUAUCGGUGGUGAUCCUUUGAAUACUGAGGUUGUCAUUGAAAGUGAUUCGGAGGAAGCCUUCCCUGAACCAGUGAUGAUCCAGGAAGAUGUUGGGAAUGAGCAGCUUAAAGUUGAAAUGUUUGACAGUAAAGUGCCAGCUGUUGCUCGUGUACCUACCAAUUCUACAGUAGAAACAAUGGGCACCAAGGAUGCCCUCUCUGGUCCAAGUACUUCUACCUCCCUAGAGACCAGUGAAACCAAUGCUAUUCUUCCCAGGCUGGCGACUCCUUCAGAAGCUGCUUAUGCCAAGGAUGUUGCCCCUGAUCUGCCAAAGGAUGCUAGUUCAACAUCUGCUGACAUCAAAGACAAGUUAUUGCAACUGCCUGCUCAGGGCAGUACUGCUAUUAAAAAAUCUCGUCUUGUUUUCUUAAAAUCUUCUGGAACAGUGAAAAAGACAAAGCAUGGGAAUAGCCAGGGGAGAUCGUCCAAGCCCAAAAGGAUUCUGAUAGUUGCUGACAGACAUCGGUUUGAAGGAGUUGAAGAAAAAUUAAACGAACUGCUGGAUGUGGACGGAGGCAUCUGCAAGCGAAAAGAUGCUGCAAAAGGUUAUUUGAAGCUAUUGUUCAUUACUGCAUCUUCUGGUGAUGUGGUUAAUGGAGCGUCUCCUCAAAGCACUAGAGAUCUGUCAAUAAUUCUUGAUGCACUGUUGAAGACCAAGUCUCGAACAGUUUUAUUGGAUAUAGUUAAUAAAAAUGGUUUACAAAUGCUCCACAACAUCAUGAAGCAAAACCGGAAGAAUUUUAAUAAAAUCCCUAUCAUUCGGAAGCUCUUAAAGGUAUUAGAAUUCCUUGCUUCAAGAGAAGUUUUGACUUUGGAGCACGUAAACUCUGGGCCUCCUUGUACUGGGAUGGAAAGUUUCAGGGAGUCCAUAAUGGCUUUGACAAGGCAUAAUGAUGUCCAGGUCCAUCAAAUGGCACGUGGUUUCCGAGACAAAUAUAUUCCCCAUACCAUCAGGAAGAUUAAAUGCACAGACCGUGAUGAUGCAAGCAGUCACUGGAUCAGGUUCUCACAUAGGAACUGGCAGAGUCAGGCAAGAAGGCACACUGAUGCAAUCUGUUGCACGAGUAGUCAGGCCACUGAACUGCCUUCAGAUUUUCAUAAGACUGUCCAGACAUCUUCUGUCACAGUCCAAUCUGGUCUCAGUGAAAGCAACAAAUGUUGGGAAGAUUACACAUCUGAACAAACAGAUGAGCCUAGCAGCAGCAUGUGGCGGAAGAGAAAUUGGCAGGGUCAGCUUUCAACAGAGUCAGAAGCAAGCAGUUUGGCUGGUUUGCCUCCAGGUUCUUCUAAUUGUCAGCAGACUAGGCUGCCUGAUGGGCUCCAUAGCCCAGCUCAAACAUAUUUUCCUUCUGUUCACUGUAGCAGCAUGUGCUGUCAAGACACAGUUGACAAAAAUGGGUGCAAAUCCACUGAGCAGAAGCAGCCUGAUGUUGCAGCUCCUGUUCAAGCAAAGCGGGCCAAACGGAAGAGCAGGUGGGAACCUUUGGAUGAGACUCGUGCUCGAUUAUUUUAUAUCAAUCAAAAUGAAGUUCAGAUAGUAGAAAAAAAUCUCAAUAAUCAAAGAAGUGGUGCCAAGCAAGCUAAGGAUUUUAAACAGCCUGCUCCGGCUCAUGGCAAAGAAAAUGACUACAAAAGUAGUUUUGUUAAGACAGUGGCACAGUCUGAUUCUGUCUUCUCUGAAGCAGCUCAGUCAUUGGCCAAGGAAGCUCCAGAUGUUCGGCCUUCUGAUGAAAGCCAUGGCUGCCAAUUUCCUUCUAAUCAUUCCUCAUCGGAGGUGAAUUUUCAGCAGCCUUGCAACACAAUGGCCACCGUGUGUGGCAAGAGAUCGUCACAUUUGUCUCCAUCAUAUAGCUCAGAACUGCCACAGACUCAACAUUUGCAAGUGCAGCAGAACCAGCCUAAUAGUACUAGUUAUGCAAAUUGGUCCGCUCCCAGUAUGCCUUUUCAGUGUUCCCCGCCUCUGCCACUUGAUACUUCUGCAUUGCACCAAACAGGGAAUGAUUUGGUGCCUCCUGGAUUUGAAGGAAUGAGACAGUCCUCUCAGAUGCCCCUUCCAAGGUUGGAACCAGCAAAGCCAUCAGAUGCAGCUGAUACAUGUGCAUCACAGCCACUUGCUGGGGUGGGGAACUGUGGAAAAGAUAGUGUAGGGAGGAGGCCUUUUUUCCAUCAAAGAUGGAAUUCUCGUGGCUAUCAAAAACAUAGACCACCUUGGGUCCGGAAUAGGAAUGACUGGGGAUUCAAGGGCAACCCAAGGAAUAUAGUUGGGGAUGGUUUUGGUGCCUAUGAGGUGCCUGUGAGGCAGAUGGGUCCCGGUGGAGAUGGUGAUGGACAUCCUCCAGAGACUGUGAAUAAAAGUCACGGCUCUAUUUACAGCCAUCAUCAAGAUGAUUUGCACCAGCAAGAAGCACAUCGCCAUUACCACGAAAAGCAGCAGCAACAACAAUAUCCAUGUCAUAGCCAACAACUUCCACAGCCUUACCUCCAUUCCCACCAGCAUCAACUGCAACAACACUGAAAUGUUAUUAAGCAUAUGCUAUAAAUUCCUGUAUCUCAUUCUUUGUAGGCUGUAACAAAUGAGAAUCCGAUUUAAAGUGGAUUAUUCCUUUUUUCACAAAUAUUUCUUAAAUUUCUAUCGCUGUGAUAUGCUCUGGUCUCAUAUUGAAUUAUCAAAUGCAACUGCUUUUUUCAUUA